ACGCUAAAAGCUGGCAUUGUCUUAAUAAUCCCAUAAUCUCCCUACUACCAAAAUAUAAUUCCAAUAAUUCCCCAUUGGUUAGCGUUAGGAAUGGUAAUGAGCAGGUCCGGACAGGGUAUCUCGAUACCCAUACUCGCCCCCUGGCAAGUCGGGUAAUUUAUCGCAUGGCGGGAGUCGGGGCAGAUCGACCCAAAUGGGUAUGUAAUUCAAAAAGAAGUAUAUGUGUACAAGGAGAUUUAUACCUCUCCUAAGAGUCUUACGAGUGUACUGGUAUUGCUUUAAAUUAUUGAAAACAAUCAAUACGAAGUACAAAAUAAUAUAUUUGAUUUUAUGUGUAUGUGUACAAAAAUAAUUUUACUUAAAUUUCGAAAAUGAUAUUCAUUUUAGUUAGCUUAAUAUUAAUGUUUAUUAGAUAAUGUAUAUUUCUCGGAAACAACCUUGAUUUAAUUAAUUUAUAUUGUUUGUUAUAAUAGAUUUAUAUAUGUAUAAAUCAUCAACCUCGAGUCUUGGUACUCCUGGUGGGGAUAAUCUUCGUAUAAUACACUCCCACCGUGGAUACCAGAUGUUUGGCCAUCUCCAGAAUGACAUACACCGCCUUCGACCGCCUCGGUGUAAAAGAACAUCUCCGCUUGUUUAAUCUUAUUGGUGGUAACAAAUUGGACCAUGGCAUCAACGUCCUCCUGAGUGGUAAUGAGGAAUUCCUCAUUCCAGAGAGACCCACCAUGUCUGUUUGGAUAUCGAUACACCAUACGAUCAACUCUUCUAGUGUCAUCCAUGCAGGUAACCUCAGUGCACAUUUGAUGGAUCUCUUCAAGUAUCGGUCUCGUACGGACCUUCAUUUUAUAAAAAUAUCCACCCACGUAACUUACACCUUUUUCAGUCUCUUCCGUGUAACCAUUCCACCGCAACCCAAGCGUGAACCUUUGGAAUGUCAUCUGCAAUAAAAAUGUAAUUAAGUUACUUACAUAAAAAUCACAAAUGACAAUGAAAAGUAAUACAAAACAAACUUACGAAUUAACGUUAAUCGCAAAAACUAAAUAAUUUAAAGGUGGUGAAGAAGAAGAAGAAGAAGAAGAAGAAGAAGAAGAAGAAGAAGAAGAAGAAGAAGAAGGAGUGGAGUGAAGAGUUUGAGUUUGAGUUUUUUGGACCUGCCUUUUAUAGGCAAAUUUUACACUACAAACUGUCGGGGGGGGGGGGGGGGGGAGCGGUUUUAGUAUGUCAUGCAGCCCCACCCCUGCAACCACCUGCAUGCCGACAUGUCGGAUGACGAGGCACAAAUCGCUGGGGGGAGCGGUUUAUGUGUCGACAUGGUAAACCACUUCCCUGUGGAGCGUUUUACCAUGCCGACACAUAACCGCUCCCUGAGGAAGCGGUUUGUGCUAGGGCAACCAUGAAAACCGCUCCUUCGAAGAGCGUUUUUCCAAAAUAGACAAAACGCUUGUCGACCAGGCGGUUCUAUGGUAAACCGCCGCCUCGGUGGGCGGUUUCUAUUUUAACCGCCCCUAAGUGGAGCGAUUUUUAAUAAACAGUUGUAGAUUUGGAAAUUCUUGGGAAUGGGUGGUAUUUUUGUAAAAUUUUUUAAAACAGUGGUAGUUUUGGAUUUUUUUUCUAAGAGAAGAGGAUACUGCUGAAGUUUAAAUUUUGAAACUUUGUUAAUUGCGAUUAUCAUAUUGCAACCGGCUAACGGGUCGGGGUACAAUCUAGUAAUUGUUUAGGGCGAUGAAUUCAAGUAUUUAGUCAGGUUUUGUUGAUUGAAUGUAAACCUAGCCCCAAAUCCUAUCUAUUUCUUGGACUAUUAUCAUCAAGAAAUAUAAUUUUUACUAAUUGUAUGAAAUUUUUUAUAUUUUCUGGCACUAAUCUUUUUGACUACCUUGAUCUGACUGAAACUCUUAUCGAACACGUAACUAUGUUUGGCAACAAGGGGUGCAAAUUCGAGAGGGUGCAAGUUGAGGGGGUAAAUUGCUGGGGGGUGCAAAUUGGUGGAGGGUAUAAGUGUAGGGGUAAAUUUUUGUUUGGAUGAAAAAGUAGGAGGGUGCAAAUAGAGUUAAAAGUAAGUAUUAUAUUAUUACAAAAUAGAUUUAUCAAAUUUAUAAAACAUUAUCACAAAAUAAUAAAAGAAAAUUAAUUAUAUAAUAAUUAAUAUUAAUUAUAUGAUUUAAUAAAAAUAAUUAUUAUAUAGUAGUGCUUAAAUAAUAAUUAAUUAUAAUAACUGUAAUAAUUAUUGGUUGAGCGACCUCGAAGCUCGAAGCCCAAUUCGUAACUGGUCAUCCUACAAGGUUCUCGUCUCUAAUUUAACUUUAAAUUGAAUAUGGUCAAACAUAGUCAAACACGUUCCACAAACAUUUCUCAUCUCUAAUUUUCAAUGCAAAUUCGAGUCAACCAAGAGAUCUCUAUUUGACAAAACGAACAUUGAUAAAUUUGCUUCCGGAGUCAAAAAGUCAAUCACGAACAAUGUCUACAUUAACAGUAACUACAGUAAAAGAAAUUGACAAUAUUAAUUAUUUUAUAAUUAUAAAAUAAUUAUAAUUAUAUAAUAAUUAAAAAACCAUAAUUUUCCCUCUCACCCCUUCCCCCUCUCUUCCUUCCUUCCCUUGCACCCCAAUUUGGGGUAAGCUGAAACAGUAACUUUGCACUCCCGUUUUGCACCCCUACUGUUACAAAUUAUCCAAACAGGUGCAAGUGUAUUGGAAACUGUGUUUACCCCUCCCAUUUGUACGCUCCUCCCAUUUGCACCUCUUCCCAAACAAAGUGGUAGGCUCGCAAGCACAAUAAGAGAAUAGCCAUCAAGCAAGAUUUUUCUGCAUAUGCUAAGAAGUAUAAAUCAAACCCCAUAAAGCAAUGUUCCAAUUCUCACAACUCAACACAUAAGCAUAGCCUGCCUGAUUAGGCAUUUUCAUAGGACACAUGUAAUUUUUUGAGGGAAACUAUAUAUUCAUAUUUAUGCUUAUGCCAACAAUUGAAUCCACCACUUUGAGAUUGUUUAAGAGUGUUUUGAUAUUGCAUUAGAACUCAUUGUUGUUUUUAGACGGACUCAUCAAAUGGCCUUAUUUGGAGACGAAAUUUGAAUAUACUACUUUCAAUUGUUUUUAGUUGCAAUCAAAAAGAUGUAAAAUAAAAAAAAUCACGUUAAUCUGAUAACCGAGCACAAAGUUAUUGUCGUUUGAUUUUUUUUUUGGAUAUCAGACACUGAUUACUGAGAUCAGAAGCGAUUUGUCACUGAUUGCUGAGGUCAGGAGCUAUCUGUAAAUGAUUAGGUAAGAAACAAUAUGUCACAGAUCGCUGAGGUCUCAAGCGGUCAAUGACAAAUCGCUUUUGACUGAAACGAUCUAUCUCAAAACAUGUGUAAUUUCACUAAUUUGAGAAGUUCUUAGGGCUCGUUUGUUUGUUGGAUUUGAAAAUGAGGGUUUAGAGUUUUAAAAACCUUUGGAUUUAUGAUGGAUUUGUUGCAUUAUGGAUUUGGAAGAGUUUAUUGUUUGUUUGGUUAAUUUUUAUCAUUGAUUUGUCUCACAACUUUGCCUUCCAUGAUCAAAUCCCAAAUGAAAUGUGGGAUUUGCAAAUCCGUGGGGUCCACGGAUUUGGAUCUAAAAAAAGAUUAAAAUCCAUGGCCCCACAGAUUUGUGUCCCUUAACAAACAAUGGAGUUGUCUCAAAUCCAUGAUGUUUGGCAUUUGAGUGCCAAAUCCAUUACCCAAAUCCCACAAGCAAACGAUACCUAAGUUUUUGGCACAAGGACGUGAUCCAACCGAUGGAUCCGGGUUCGUUUGAACACCCCCUUUCAAAAAUAUGAGCUCAAGCCCAACCAAAUGAGCACUCGAGGCUCAUACUUUUGUGAGGACCCAGGUCCGAAAUGGCUCAUAUAAUUCAGGGGCCGCAAGGCCCAAACAUUAAUUGCUGAUUCAUCAAGCCCAAGCCCAAAUCAUUAUGUCGUCACAGACGAAAGAUCCUCCUUAUCUCUUUACUCUCCAAUCCAGAAGUAGGAAAUUGAAAAGACAUUACUCACUCCUCCGCCGGUCUGCCGCCGGAGCCGGUAGCCUGGGGAUGCGCCUUCACAAUUGAGCCAUGCCUCAGCUUUCCAGCGCCGUCGAGUCCUCCCACCUGUUGAAACCACCGCUUUUGCUCCCAACCGCCCUCCAUUUCUCUCAAUCUCUAGCUCCCUCGAACCCGAAUCGUCUGUUCAACGGACUAACUCUAACUUCAAGGCCUCCGCUGCCUCACCGCCGAUGCUCGAUAACCGCCUGCUCCUCCGCCUCGAAUUCGGAGAUCAACAUGGUGAAGAACAGGCAAGGAAUCUAUACCGCCAAGCAGAACAAAGUAGUCGUACUAUGGGACCUCGACAACAAGCCGCCGCGGGGGCCGCCGUACCACGCCGCGUUGUCAUUGAAAGAAGUGGCGUCGAAAUUCGGAGAUGUCGUCGAGAUGUCGGCCUAUGCGAACCGCCACGCCUUCGUCCACCUCCCGCAGUGGGUAGCUCAGGAGCGGCGGGAGCGGAGGCAGCAAGACAUUCUGGAACGGAAAGGAAUCGUCGCCGCGCCGGAACCCUACAUCUGCGGGGUCUGCGGCCGCAAAUGCAAGACCAAUUUGGACCUAAAGAAGCACUUCCGGCAGCUCCACGAGCGAGAAAGGCAGAAGAAAGUGAACAGAAUGAGGUCUCUGAAAGGGAAAAAGCGUCAGCGGUAUAAAGAGAGAUUCAUCUCCGGGAACGACAAGUAUAAUGACGAGGCAAGGAGAUUGGUGACUCCCAAAGUAGGAUAUGGGCUUGCGGCGGAGCUGAGGAGAGCCGGAGUUUAUGUGAAGACGGUGGAGGACAAGCCGCAGGCUGCAGAUUGGGCUGUGAAGAGGCAAAUUGAGCACUCCAUGAGUAGAGGUAUUGAUUGGUUGGUUUUAGUUUCAGAUGAUUCAGAUUUCGGUGCGAUAUUGAAGAGAGCUAGGGAGGCUAAUUUGGGGACGGUGGUGGUAGGGGAUAGGGAUAGAGCAUUGGGGAGGCAUGCUGAUUUGUGGGUGCCAUGGAUUGGAGUUGAGAAUGGGGAAGUAACAGAGAAAGAUUUGGUACCCAAGAGGAGGGGUAAUAGUAGUGAGGAAGAACUAGAGUAUGAAGUGCGCGAUUCGUUUAGCCAUUCCGAUGGCGAAGUUAGCUACGAAUGGAGUGAUGAAGGUGGAGUUGAUGGCUAUGAGUGGACUGGUGAUGAUGUGGAUAGUGUUGUUGAGGAGAUUGCAGCUGAGAUAUCCGGGUAUAAUAGCAUGAGAAUUUCGGUGUUCUCUGAAGGGGAAGAGGAGGAAGAGGAUGGAGACUAUGUGUUGUGGGAUAGUGAUGAUGAUGAGAUUGAAGAUCAAGGUGUGAGCUUUUACCUGUAGUUGGAGUUCGAGUUUUGAACCAAGUUUCUAUUGUGGCACUCUGUGGACAUGUAUGUAAUCAAAGCUCAUUUGUCUAAUCCACUGGUCUACCUCCCAAGUUCUCCUUAUGUUCUCUGGUAAAAUGGAUUGGAAGUUAGAAUGACUAGGCUGCUGUUGGUUUGAGAUGACACAGCAAUGCGUGGGAGAUCGCAAUUUCGAAAUUCUUUUUGCUGCUAUAGACAAAGGAAUGAUGGAGGGAAAAUGGCAAGUAUUGGUACAUAAAUCUUUCCCUCCUAGAGUCCUAAUGCUUGUUUGUUCGUAAGUUAUUCAUUGUGCGAUAAAGAGGAUACGUAUAAAAUGUUGAGAUAGUUAGUUUCAUUGGGAAGAUUGCUGGUUUCUGGUUUUUGAAUGAUGAGAUGGAUCCAUACCAUGCUUGCAUAGUAGCCACAUUUCAGAUCGGUACUUAUCUCUCUCUUAUGUUCCUGAAUCACCUCUGGAGGUUGUUAAUUGGGCCAUUAGGUCACUCCAUAUGCUCAUCUAUAAUGCUGCUCGAUGCCUCCAGUUUCACUGCAGACAUUUUUGAACCUUAUGUUUGCUGAUAGUUGGAGUGACCAAAUAGCUACAGACGUGCCCAUCGAUCAUGCGAGAUGGUUUGCAGUGUGGGAGACCGUGUGAACGAUGCUUUAAUAAUAUGAUGAGAUAGUUUGCAGCGAGUAAUAAACAUAUGAUAAAAGC